AUGGGCAACUUUAAUUCAACCGAAGUAAGCACCCGGCCAAGCUUUGACUCUUUGCCGCUCCAUGUGGGAGAUCCGAAAGCGUCGGCAUGGGGAUUAUGGGGCGAUGAAGAUGAACUCGGGGCUCUCAAUCUUCUGAACCCAGCUUUGGUCAAGAAUACCACGAGGGAGGUGGUGAUAGGCGAGACAAUAACGCUCAAUCUUCCAUUGGAUGCCUUUAUACAGCCAAUGAACCCAGUUCGAAAGCCGUGCGAACACCGUAUCAUUCCAAAAGGCAACGCCAAUGACGACGAGAUCUCCAUUAAUACGCAAGGCGCAACGCAUUGGGAUGGGCCAAGACAUUAUCCCUACCAAGAGCAUAUUCAAUACUACAAUGGCGUGACUCAAGAUGAUAUUUCAGGGCCCGAUAACAACACUAAACUUGGCAUUCAAAAUAUGGCAAGGAAGUCCAUCACUGGCCGCGGUGUUCUACUUGACUGGUACUCCUGGGCAACGGAGCAAAACAUCACCUUUGACCCCUUUUCAACCUUUGGCAUUCCCCUGUCUCAACUCCAGGCCGUAGCAAACGCUCAGAAAACCGAGUUUCGACAAGGCGACAUCCUGCUGGUCCGAACAGGCUGGCUACCAGCCUACCGUGCGCUCACCGUCGCUGAACAACUUGCUUUACCCCAACGGGAAGUUCGAGCAAGUUGUGGCGUCGAAGCGAGCGAAGAGGCAAUUCGCUGGCACUGGGAUCAUGCGUUUGCUGCGGUGGCCUCGGAUACUGUCGCCUACGAGGCCUGGCCGAGCCCUAAACCAUGGGGCGUCAGCAUGCAUGAGGUGUUCCUGAGUGGGUGGGGCAUGCCGAUUGGAGAGAGUUUCGACUUGGAGAGGCUCGCUGUAAGGUGUAGAGAACUCCAGAGAUGGUCCUUCAUGAUGGUCAGUGUACCUUUGGAUAUUCCUGGCGGGAUUGCUAGUCCGCCCUCAGCAGUAGCUAUCUUGUAGUCUAGGCACAUGAAGACUUUGGUGACCAUGUCUUGAAAGUGUCGGCGAACAACGAUAUUUGGUCACCUGAUUCAUUUCACUGCCAUGCCUUUUCCGUGAACAGUGAUCUUAUCACAAGACCUAUAACCACGCGCGUAUUAUCUAGGUCAACCGCAGAUUGUAAGAGAACUAGUUGCUUGUGGCCUACGUGUAACGUAUUCGUGGUAACAAAUAGAGCGUCUUUUGGUCAGUAAUGCCAAC